CCCAAGCUCCCCACAGCCUUCGAGACUGCAGAACAACUAAUUCAUCAGGUGUUUCAUUUCUACGGACUACCUGAAAACAUCGUCUCCAACAGGUGUCCACAGUUUACAUCCCGGGUCUGGAAGGCUUUCUUUUAACAACUCAACAUCAGUCUCACUUCAGGUUACCACCCUCAAUCAAACGGCCAGACUGAGUGCUUAAACCAGGAGAUCACACGUUUUCUCAGAAUGUAUUGUUGCCAGAACCAGGCUGACUGGAGCUGUUAUCUGCUUUGGGUCAAGUAUGCCCAGAACUCCCUUCAGAAGCCGUCCAUGGGCAUGACCCCCUUUCAGUGUGUGCUGGGAUUUCAAUCCCCUCUGUUCCCCUGGUCUGGAGAACACACAGAGCUACCGGCCAUCAAUGACUGGCUUCGGCGGAGCGAGGAGGUGUGGGACUAUGCUCAUGUCCAUCUCCAAAGAGCUGUUAGGAGACAGAAGGAACAGGCCGAUCGCCAUCAACGCCUCAAUCCCAUCUACACUCCUGGCCAAUGGGUUUGGCUUUCCACACGUGACCUUCGUCUCCAUCUGCCUUGCAAGAAACCCAGGGAGGAGGAGGAGAUCGAUCAUCCAAACCCACCGCCCAUAAUCGUGGAUGGUGUGGAGGCUUAUCAAGUUCGAGAGCUCCUGGACUCCAGACAUCGGAGUCGCUUUCUUCAGUACUUGGUUGACUGGGAGGGGUAUGGCCUGGAGGAGCGAUCCUGGGUCAGAGCUGAUGAUAUUCUUGACCCCACACUCACCACUGAAUUUCACAGGAUGUAUCCGGAAAGACCUGCCCCUCGACCCCGUGGAAGACCCCGGCGUCGAAUGCCUCCUCAUGUCAGGAGCCGCUCGCUGGGGGGGGGGGCUCUGUUACGAACUCAAGGAGUCCUCCUGCUCACCACCAGAGAUUUCCCUCGCCCGAGUUAUGACGGCACCACGAACUACACUUCCCAGCAUGCCAACCUGGACUGAUUACACACACACCUGUUCUCUAUUUCAUAGUCUAUUUAAGUGCUGUUCAAACAAUAGUCAUUGUGAAUUCUUGUUUUGCUCCUGCUAACAUUUUUGAGCAUUUACCUCUGUUUAUACUGCUUUCCUGUGUUUGACUUCUGCCUGUUACCCACCAUUUGAUACUCUGCUGUUUGCCAUGUUUACCUAUUGUUUACCUGGACUCUUACUGUGAUUGUUUGCUGCCUGCCCUGACCUUUGCCUGUUUAUGAUUACGUCUCUCAUCUGCCUAUGCUGUUCCAUUUCUGGUGAUUUACCCUGCAUGUCUGUUUAUGAGUUGCAUGUUUACUAUUAAA